CAAACCCAUACACCCCCAGAGAAAAGAAAUGGUAAAAGACUCUGUGGGGGGCGAUAAUAUCUAUAAUGCUUUCAUAAUUCUGGUUUUAGUUUACUGAACCCUUCUCUUUAGUUUCUUUGUCGCCAUUUGGCCGAUGGGAUUAAGGAAUUUAUGAGAUUUCAUCUGUCACGGGGACUUCGAUGUGAGUUUUAACGCGGGUUUUCUUUCAUUCUUUUCUUUAUUUGUGGGUCUCUGUGAAAAAUUCCAAGUCGGCCCUGGAAAAAGAGAAGGGUCUGAAACUAAUCGAACAAGCAACCCCUUGAAGAAGAAAAGCGAAAAGAAACAACACGCACUUCUACUUACUUUUGGCUGUUCAUUCUCCUCUGGUUUCUAGACAGUGUUGCUACUUUUUUAAAGGAGAUUCAAGAGCAGAAGAGCUUAUUUGGAUGCAAAAGAAUCAGAGGGAUAUGUCUACCAAUGCUAUUGCUUGCGCUGAGAGAGCUACAAAUGACGUGCUUAGCGCUCCUGAUUGGGCCAUAAAUAUUGAGCUCUGUGAUAUUAUUAACAUGGAUCCUAGGCAGGCGAAGGAUGCAUUGAAGAUACUCAAGAAGCGUCUUGCUAACAAAAAUCCUAAAAUACAACUUCUAGCGCUCUAUGCAUUGGAGGCUCUAAGCAAAAAUUGUGGUGAUACUGUUUUUAAGCUGAUCGUAGAUCGUAAUAUCUUGCACGAAAUGGUUAAAAUUGUAAAGAAGAAGCAGCCUGAUUCAACUGUACGGGACAAAAUAUUAACUUUGGUAGAUGCAUGGCAAGCAGCAAUUGGUGGUGGCUCUAAGGGAAAGUUUCCACAGUACUAUGCAGCCUACAAUGAAUUGAAGAAUGCUGGAUUUCAAUUUCCACCAAGAGAAGAGAACGUUGAGCAGUUCUUUAGUCCACCUCAGAUACAGCCAGUCAUUGAGCACCCUGUUUCAGCUUAUGAUGAUCUUGCUGUUCAGGCUUCUCUCCAGUCUGAUUCUUCUGGUUUAGGCUUGCCAGAAAUUCAAAAUGCACAGGAACUAGCACAUGUUUUAUUGGAAAUGCUUGGUGCGUUGGACCCUAAGACUCCGGAGGCUUUGAAGCAAGAAGUGAUUGUUGAUCUGGUUGAUCAGUGCCGUUCCUACCACAGCCGUGUUGUGAUACUUGUGAAUGAGACAACAGAUGAGGAACUGUUACGUCAAGGAUUGGUAUUGAAUGACAGUCUGCAGCGUGUACUCAGCUGCCAUGAUGACAUUGCGAAAGGAACAUUUACAAUGGAAGCUAGAACAGCAGAACCUCCUGUUCCAUCGGUUCCAUAUAUCAACCCUGAGGAUGAUGACUCGGAAGAUGACUUUACACCGUUAUCUCGCAGGCCAACGAGAGAUAACAUUUAUGAAAGGGACAGGAAAUUGGCAAAUGGUCCAUCAUCGCGAGUAAGUCCACUUCCUUCACCUUCAUCAAAGAAGACGGCUAGUGUGGAAAUGAUCGAUCACCUUAGCGGGGACAUGUACAAACCUGAAGGGUCUCCCAGGAUAGUAGAGCCACCAUCAACUUCUUCUUUUUCACCUUUCUACACUAGACAGCCUUUGUUCGACGAACCACCUCCAAGAAGCAUAUCCACCAAUCCACUCCUCACAACACCUCGGGACACCCAAUCUCCGAGCGCCCUUCCUCCCCCUCCCUCAAGAUAUAAUCAAAGACAACAAUAUUUUGAGCAACAAAAAGCUGUUACAGGAGGCAGUCAACCCCAUUUGAGCAACGAUUAUAGUUCUUAUGACAACAUAGUGGGGAAUACCAAGAAUCUGUCACUCAGUCCUACCCCAACCAGAUCCGUGGAGCAUGAAGAAACCCUUUUCAAAGAUCUGGUGGAUUUUGCCAAGGCCAAGUCAUCUUCAUCCUCCAAAUUGAACCGACCGUUCUGAGACACGACUAGUAAAGACUGACCUUGUUUUUUUCUUCGUCGUCGUCGUAGUGUAGGCAGGUGAUUGUGGGGUUCGUUGAUGAGGUUGUAUAUUCAUGAUCAUGAACAAAGCCAUUCAUUUAGUAAGGAAGUAGGUGUUAGAAUUUUUUCAUGUUGCUUUGGAUGGAUCAUAGAGUGAGCCACUGAUCUGCAUAUAUAUUAUAUAUUAUAUUCAUUUGGUAAUACUCUAGUAAAAAACCUUGAUCUAAUUGUUGUAUGAUUA